AUGGCACCAGAACUAUCGAGCAAUUGGAAGAAGCUACAGGCGACAUUAAACGCGGAGUCUCAGGCCAGUGCGGAAAGGAAGAGGAAGGCGGUGCCGACGGAGCGACAACUGAAUACUCUCGCGAAGCGCCGCAGACUAGAGGGCAAGCCAGUCAAGGUGGCAACAGGCGUCAAGCAGAGCAUCGUCAAGAUCAAAGAGAAGAAGGAGAAGAAGAAUAAGAUGGGCAGUGCAGUCAGCGCGGAGGAGGCGGUGCCAUCGCCACGACCGUCAGAGGAGCCAGAUGCAUCCGCGCCAUCUGCAUCACUUGCUCUCUGGGCGGAGGAUAACGACAUUUCAGCCAAGGAUCUCGCCGAAGCAUACGGAGGAAGCCUGAAAGAUACUACGAUCAAGGGCACGAUGCCGGAUAUCAUCAACGGAGGGUUGAUUGAGGGUGUAGAGAUUGGCAAAUACGUCGGGAUUGACUGCGAGAUGGUCGGCGUGGGCGAAGGGGGCAUUCGGUCAGUCUUGGCCAGAGUCAGUAUCGUCAACUUCCACGGCACGCAGGUCUACGAUUCUUUUGUGAAGCCGAAGGAGCUUGUCACAGAUUGGAGGACGCCUUUCAGUGGUGUGUCCCCAAAGAACAUGCCGACGGCAAGGGAUUUCGACCAGGUCCAGAAGGAGAUCGCCGCGAUACUGAAGGGCACGAUUUUGGUUGGGCAUGCGAUACAGAACGAUUUGGCAGCAAUCAUGCUGGGCCAUCCGAGACGGGAUAUUCGGGAUACGUCGAAGUUCUCCGGGUUUAGGAAGUACAAUAAUGGAAGGGCACCGAGCUUGAAGAAGCUGGCCAAGGAGCUUCUGGGAGUAGAUAUUCAAGGAGGGGAACAUUCCAGUAUUGAGGAUGCCCGUGCUACUAUGCUUCUCUUCAGACGUCACAAGCAUGCCUUUGAUAUGGAGCAUGCCCAGAAGUAUCCCACGGCGAAUCCGGCAUCCAACAAGGCGAAUACACAGAAGAAGAAGAAAAAAGGGAAGCGUUGA